AUGGUCAACACCGAGGUUUUCCGCCUUGCUGGUAGGGCGGGUUUGAUUAACCCCUUUCAUUUCGACAUCAAGAAGGACGGCAUUGUUUCUCUCACCGAUAUUGCAUUGCGAAAGGUCAAUGCAGCCGAGAAGGCCGCUGAACUAUCCACCCAGCUUCGAAACAUACUACAUGAGUUCAAUCUUUGGGAUCAGGGGCACCGGUCCGUCAAACCUCUUCGUGAUGGGCUAUCCGAUGCAAAGACCAUGUCCCCAGGAAACAUGUAUGAAUGCCUCACAGAAGUCAUGGUAGCCGUCAAGGAGGACUUGAGCGCCUUUGAUGACGCACUUAAAGCUGUCGAACACUACGAUCGGGGUUAUGCCACGCAUGAGCUCUUGGUACCUCUGUCUAUACACGGCCGAAAGCUGUACGUCGACUACAAAACUGGACGGUUCAGCGGCGAAUCAAUCAUCAAAUGGGGUACAAUGACAGAUUUCUACAAGCCCCGACGUGACGUUCUCAAUUACUUUGGGAAGCUAUCAGCCGGAUACCAUCGAUUAAUUGGCUUCCGUGAAGUCAUUGAACGCGAAGCGCAAAUCCCAGAUCACCCGGUGGCGCCAGAGGAUACUAAUAACCACGACAACUUGUUGGGAGAACAUGCCCAUGUCCAAUGA